AUGCGCUCUAAGUUCAAUGUCAACGCGAAGAACUACCUCUUGAGCAAGGAGACCUCGCGUUUGGAUCAUUUCCUGAGCCACGAUUGGGGCUCAAGCCGCUGGUUGAAACUGGUCGCCUUGCUUGUCAUCCAUAACUCUGGGCCGGCUUUUUGCGCCUCCUUGGCGACCAGCCUUCUGGUGGGGGUGCUGGUCUCCUGCAAGCUUCUGCCUUACAGCCUUUGGACGGUGCUGAUCGGCCACUUCAGCUUCUUUUUUGUCUUCUGCUUCUGGCAGAGGAUUCGCGGCCUCUUCUUCCGCCCUCUCAUGGUCUUCCUGGACACUCUCUGCAUCGCGCAGCACGAUGAGAAGCUGAAGCAGAAGGGCAUUCUGGGCCUGGGGGCCUUUCUGGUGAACUCCAAGAAGCUCGUGGUCCUUUGGACGCCCCGGUAUUUCGAACGUUUGUGGUGCACGUUUGAGAUUGCUACCUUCAUGAAGGAUCCGGACAAGAGAGGGCAAAUUCACAUCAUGCCCCUCAAGAUGGGGGCGCUCGUCGUCAUGUAUGCGGCUUUCUGGCAUGUGCUCGGACUCAGCUACGCGAUCUUCUACAUGACCCGGCAGGCCCAGACAGGCGCGGGAAUCACCACAACAAUGUACACCAGCGGCCUGAUGUUGGCUUUUGCCGGUUUGGUGGUGCCGGUCGUCUUCUACUUCGGCGUCGGCUUUCUGCAGGACUUGGCCGACCUGCCUCAGCGCUUCGAGGAGUUUCGCGUGCAGGAUGCCAAGUGCUACUGCUGCUCCAAUGGCCACAAGCAUCCAAAGACUGGCGCUUCCUUGCCCUGCGAUCGGCGCUUGGUCUUCAAAACGCUCAGGAAGUUCUACCAUGCCAGGGAUGGUGAGCCCGGAGGAGAGGUGGGAGAGGACUACAUGGACAGGUUCAACACCGUCGUCAGGGAAGAGCUGGCCCCGGAGCUGCUGUCCACCUUGCAGAGAACCGGGCUCCCCCUGCGAUACCUCGUCUGCGUGCUCACGUCGGCCACCCACCCGUCCCUGUGCUUCUUCAUUCCUCGUUGGUGGUCGCAACUCCCCGAGCUGGAAAACGGGGCCGUGCUCACGGUGACCCUGCGGUUCUUUGUGAACUGGGCCUGCUUUGGAACCGCCUGCCUGUUCUCGGCUGGGCUGAUGAACAAGAUGGGUAAGGUUGCCCUUCGCCUGCGGCGCCAUGGGGUGUUCAGAUCGCACUGGUGCAUGCAGGCCAUGCUGCUGCCGCCCCUUGUCCUGGUGACGGGGCUGCUCUGGUUCAGCGUCGUCCUGAGCGUGGUUGCCACGGAUCACAGCAGCCUGCUCUGCCUGGCCCCCUUCUCUAUUCAGGUGGUUGCCACCGCCGUCCUCCUCGGCGUGGCUCCGAGCCCGCACCGGAGGCUUCCGAGCGAAGGAGGUGAGAGCCCGAAGGUUCAGCAGCCGGCGGAGGAGAGGUGCGAGGUAGAUAUCUUCGAAGUCUGA